UAUCAAGUUGUGUGUGUAAAGUGCGUAUGUGUGUGAAACGGCUUUCCAAAAAUAUGAAUAAGCGAUUGACAACUUCAUUUGUAUGAAUAGGAGAACUAGUUUCGUCACAUAUUUGAUGAAUUAUUCGAAACAAAUAGAAAAGUUUUCGUUUUGAGUUUAUUGUGAUUUUUUGUUGAUAUUAUUUUGACUGUCAUCGAACCAUAUUUUCUGUGCUAAAAACCUUUGAACAUUACGAGAAAGCGCUUAGAACUCUCAUUGCAUAUUGGUAAAAUUGUGCGAAUUUAUUUAUUAUCGAAGUCUUACAGAAAUGGAUAGGGACAGCCAAAUCGAUACAAAUCCAAUCGAAAGUUCUAAUGCAUCCAAUGAGAUUAAAGACGAAAAUACAAAACCCGAAAAUAGUGAAAGUUCCGAACAAAGCAAUAUCAUAGAUGUUAUUGGAAAUGGUCAACUGGUGAAAAAGACGAUAAGAGCCGGUGAAGAAGGCUUUCAACCACAGCGUGGAAAUAUUUGUAAAAUUAAUCUCGUUGGUAAAUUGGAAGAUGGCACAGUGGUCGAAGAAUUUAAAGAUUAUGCGGUGCAAGUCGGCGACGUUGAAGUGGUGCAAGGUGUUGAUAUGUCACUCCCACUAAUGACUGUUGGUGAGUUGGCUGAAAUUUCAGCCGAUCCACGAUUUGCAUACGGUUCGCAAGGCCUGACGAACGAAAAUGACAAUUCAAAAUCAAUUCCACCAAAUGCAAAGGUGAUUUACACUGCUGAAUUGCUUGAGUGCAACGAUGAAGAAGAUCUUGAGAAUGUUCCAUACGCAAGUAGACAAUCCAUCGGUAAUCACAAGCGUGAGCGAGGGAAUUUUUGGUAUGAUCGAGGCGAAUACAACAUGGCAAUUCAACUAUAUCGUCGAUCGCUAGAAUACUUAGAUGAUACGGACAAAUAUGUUGGCGACAACUCAAAGUUGGAAGAGUUUACAAAUGAUCAGCUUCAGGAAUUGUUGGAAACUCGAGUAAAAGUGUACAAUAAUUUAGCUGCAGCUCAAAUGAAAAUAUCCGCAUUUGAUGUUGCACUCACAUCGGUGGAUAAUGUGUUGCGGUGUCAACCAGAAAAUGUGAAGGCGCUCUUCCGAAAAGGAAAGAUUUUGGAAGCCAAAGGCGAUAUAAAGGCUGCAAUCCCAAUACUACAAAAGGCUGCUAUUCUUGAUCCAGACAGUCGAGCAAUUCAACAGCUUCUAUCAAAAUGCAUAAUGAAAUCCCGUCGCGAGGCGCGCAACGAAAAGGAUAUGUACCAAAAAAUGUUCAAUCAAACGCAAAAAUUGGAAUCAAAAGGAAAACGUUCCAAAACAGGGGGAGAACAUGAAAUGCCAAAAUUCAAGCUCUGGGGUUAUUUAGGAUCGAUUCUGAUAGUGGUGGCAGGAGUUGCAAUCUAUAGAUCAAUCUAAAUAUAUCUAUGGAUACCGGAUUCAUUUAAGUUUACUUCGUUUAUGGAUAUCAUCAAGAUUGAAUAUUCUUUUUAUAAUUGUAUUAACGCAGAGAAUUUAAUUUAGGGAAAAGUAAAUGAUCAUCUUUAUCACAGAUAAAAGAAAAGUUACACAAAAUUAAUCGGAAUGAAAACUGGCGGAUUAUCGCGUAAAAUACGUAAAAGUUGAACUAUUUUUCUUUAUGUUAUAUUGUUUCACUAAAAGAAAAAGUGUCUAGAUCAAAAUGGUUUAGGAAAUGUAAAUUCAGACGAGUUUUUGUAAAGCACACGCAUUAUAAUAAUAAUAAUGGAAAAUUAACAAACACUGAA